CCUCCCGCGCACCCUGCUCCAACCUACACAGCACAACAUUCCCAACCUCUCCCACUCACACUCGUACCUCCUGCUCUCCGCUGACUUGUCGGAGUUUAACCAAAGCCAACCUCCGCCGGGGGAUCUAAUCUUCGGCAGAGCGACAAGGCAGGAGUAGAAAUAGAAGAGAGGGACACAGUCCGUACUGAACGCAUUCACCACCGAAUCUCUGCGAGAACUAACUACUGGAUCAUUUUUCUUUUCCACGGGAAUUAACUCCAGCAAGACCAGGGGAGCGCGGUGGAUAGAAGCGAGUUCCCAGUAGACCAAGCUCAGCGGCGCCGAUCCAGCAAGGGUCAUUCCCUACAUCGAGAAACAGCUGCCGAUUACACUCGUUCUGUUUUAUCGAGGGACAAAGAUUGCAAGGGGGAAGGGGAAGGCCAUGAGGGCGUUCGUGGGGCACUUGCUGGCCGUGUCUACAUUGUAUCUGUGUGUCACAGCUGAAGAAAACAGCAGAAACAGGGUCCGCAAGCAGCGUUCUCUUGCGGGCAUGUGCCGCUAUGGGCUUCGAAUGGACUGCUGUUGGGGAUGGAGCCGCAGACCCUGGGGACAGUGCCAGCCUUUCAUCCCGUUUUUGCAGAGAAUAUGUCAAGUAACGUACCCUCUGAAAGCUAUCUGCCACCAUGGAUGCAAACAUGGGGAGUGCGUGGGACCAAAUAAAUGCAAGUGCUACCCAGGGUACACGGGCAAAACAUGCAAUCAAGAUUAUAAUGAGUGCGGAAUGAAGCCUCGCCCAUGCAAGCACCGAUGUAUGAAUACAUAUGGCAGCUACAAGUGCUACUGCCUGAAUGGCUAUAUGCUUAUGUCUGAUGGAUCAUGUGCAAAUAUGCGGUCGUGCGCUAUGGCAAAUUGCCAGUACGGCUGUGAUGAGGUGAAAGGAGAAAUCCGUUGUCGUUGUCCAUCUCCCGGGCUGCAACUUGCUCCAGACCACAGGACCUGUGUGGAUGUUGAUGAGUGUGCGUCUGGCACAGCUAUGUGCCCUCGAUUCCGUAAAUGCAUUAAUACUUUUGGAAGCUACUUCUGCAAGUGCUACAAUGGCUUUGAUCUCCGUUACUAUAAUGGGAAAUAUCAGUGUCUAGAUGUUGAUGAAUGUGCAAGGAGGACACAUAAAUGCAGUGCCUUUGCUACCUGUCACAAUAUACCAGGCUUCUAUAAAUGCAAGUGUAUGAGAGGCUACAGGGGCAAUGGUUUCAGCUGCACAGUCGACACAAAAUACCCUGUGUUUACAGACCCACCCCAUGGUGGAAACAAUGGAACUUUGAGUACUGUUUAUGUGGAAAACACCACUGCGACCACACCAGUUGUUAACAGCAAUCCAGAGGUCGAAACAGAAAGGGCAGUCCUGACCACAAACCCAACCACAGUUACAACAGCGGCAACAACAAUGGCGACAACAAUGGCAACAACAACCACAACUUCAGCUGCAAUCAUAAUCAUACCCACUCCUGUGGACAACAGGAUCCCGAGUGAGGUCCCACGGCAAAGAGGAGAUGUUUUCAUUCCACGUCAGCCUGGAGGGAAUGGGGCUUUACUUGAACUUGACAUUGAAAUGGGGAUUACUGCAGAAGAAAAUGAUGCAAGGGACGACCAAGAUAUUUUGGUGAACAGCUGUAACUUUGACCAUGGAAUGUGUGGAUGGACGCAAGAGAAACAUGCAGGACUUCACUGGGAACGAGUCCCUGACCCAUCAGGUCGUGGUUGGUAUCUGACUCUUCCUGUGUCUAACUACAAACGGAGGGAAGCCGCCCAUCUUUUCCUUGCACUGGGGCAAAAGGCACACACAGGCAACCUCUGUCUGACCUUCAGGCACAAGUUAUCUGGAGACUCUCCUGGAAAGAUCCAGGUGUUUGUGAGGAGGAAUGGCAGUUAUGGGUAUCCACUGUGGGAAAGGAACAGAGGGCACGGCUGGAGGACAAGUCGGUUCACAUUAAGAGGACCAGGUCUUGAGAGCGUCAUCUUCAAAGGGGUGCAAGAGAAGAAGCGAGGAAUCAUCGGACUGGAUGAUAUCAGUUUGCAAAACGGGCACUGCUCUGGAAAGCCUUGGGGGCAGUAAAAAAGAGUGGGUUUCAUAUCUGAAAGGACAUCACCUCAUCUCCUCUAUCUGUAGGAGGACUGACUGCAAGGGGAGAGGCAGCUGACUGCAUUCUAUUUGACUCCUGGGUUCAAGUUGUGCAAACAGUCUACCCUAGACACGGCCCUCCAAGGACACAAGAGUUCAAACAAACUCCACAUUUCCAAUAAACCUUAUCCUGUGUGCUUAUACAAUUAGUCUGCAGUCCAGUAAUACUGAGGAAAGUGUGUAUGAAAUCUCCAUAAUUAGAGGGGUGUUUGAACAGCAGUUCUAAAUAAAUGACUCAUCAGUUGACUUGCUAUCAUAUUAGGCAGGAUUGUAGCGCAAACUUAGUUCAAUGCCAGCUCUGUCGACAUCCCAUGGAAUUGUUACUUGGCCUUGGUACUCAUCCUGAUGAGUCUUGUCCCUCAGAUGAGAAAUUUCUCAUGUAACAUGAAACUUGAGUCCAGCUUUCCCAUGUUAGAAACUUCCACUUCUAAAGUUAACCUGAUCCUUGACAUACAUGCAGUGUAAUGUGUUGGAUGUUUUAAGGGACUUCUGCUGUACUCAACUCAAAUGAUCCCUGGUCUUCUCUCAUUUUUUCCUAUCACUCUUGCCCUUACAUUUUGCAGGACUAAGUCUUUCUUGUGGUCACCUUAUAUCAUAGCGUCCACCACCUCAUUGUAUUAGAAGUCCUUUUAACUUGCUAUCACGACCAUCUCAGCUUAAAGCUGAUUGUUGGCUCCUUGCACAGUCAAAUAAGAAGCAUGUUGUUGUACAAUGGGAAACCACUUAUUUCAUGUGGGUGGUCUCCUGCACUGCGCAUGGUCUCAUUCAGCUGUACUGUCAUGGACUGUGGCUUAAUAAUCCUCGUUUCUCCCUCACAUUUUAGUCACCUAAUAACUUGCAAAUUGGGAUGUCAUUGUCUUUCCAUGAACACGUUCCUACAAUAUGCUUUUGCUUUUAAUUGUUUGUUUAGUAACUGACAUUGAACAACUAUAACCGUUCAAAAAUGUACUUAAUUGUAAAUGAAUUCAUUAUGAUUGUCUCACUAUUUAAAAUGAGUUUCACAUUAACAUGAGCAUAUAUUUACUGAAAUUGUUUGUAUGUCAAGGCACUCAAUGGUACUGUAUAAACACUGCAGGAAAACACAGUUGUACUUUGACAAGCUUUUCAGGCAGCAAUUGAUAAGUUUUGUAACAGUGACUCGGAUUGCAGUGUAAUUAAUGGACAUGUGACAAUGUACAGCUCACUUCCUCAUUUUUUAAAUGGUAAGUAUGCUCAUUAUAUUUUUAUAAUGUAGUAUUUAAAUAAAAGUUUUCUUUCAGCAGGAGUAAAGCAAGCUGUCCAAACUACAGUAGUCCUUGUUUGGUCGCCAGGGUGCAGUAGCCUACCCCCGUGGGCUUUGUUCAUACUUACCGUUAAGUAGCCUUCAUCAUAACGCGGUUAUUACAGUAAAGGAUGCAGCUAUCCUCUCUCUACUAUAGCCACCAAUGAUGAUAACACAGAACAGAGAAAUCUACAGCACAUUACAGGCCCUUCAGCCCACAACAUUGUGCUGACCAUAUAACCUACUGUAGAAACUGCCUAGAAUUUUCCUACCACAUAGCUCUCUAUUUUUUUCUAAGCUCCAUAGCUCCAUGUACCUAUCUAAGAGUUUCUUAAAAGACCUAUUGUAUCGGCCUCUACCACCAUCGCUGGCAGUGCAUUCCACAUACUCUCUGUGUGAAGAACUUACUUCUGACAUCCCCCUUGUACCUACUUUCAAGCACCUUAAAAUUAACCCCUCUUGUGUUAGCCAUUUCAGCCCUGGGAAAAGCCUUUGGCUAUCCACACAAUCAAUGCACUGAUAGAAAAAGAUAGAAACAUAGAAAACCUGAAGUACAUUACAGGCCCUUUGGCCCAUGAAGUUGUGCGGAACAUGUCCCUAGCUUAGAAAUUACUAGGGUUAACCAUAGCCUUCUAUUUUUCUAAGCUCCAUGUACCUAUCCAAAAGUCUCUUAAAAGACCCUAUCAUAUCCUCAAAUUUUAUCAGGUCACCUCUCAUCCUCUGUUGCUUGAAGGAGAAAAGGCCGAGUUCACUCAACCUAUUCUCAUAAGGCACAUUCUUCAAUCUAGGCAAAAUUCUUGUAAAUCUCCUCUCGACAUAGCUGUAUAGUCAGUCCUUGCAUGCCUGCAUCAUGUUGGCAUUUUUUGGCUUGUUUUGUAAUCCUUGUUAAACAACACCCAUGAGCAGUAUUGGGUGGCACUAAAGCAUAGAGCUUACUCUAGUUCCUGUGACACUAUGUUUACAAUGGUGGCUAUAUUUUCUAGAGUUUUCACUUGUUAUUUCACAUAUUCUAUUAGUAAACAUUACAGUCUGAAUAUA